UUCCAUCAUUCUCGUUUCGGAAAAUUUUCAUCUUUUCACCCCAAAAUCAAGCAUUUCCCGCGGGUUGUGUCACACAAAAAGCAUCCGAGGGACCCCAAGUGUGGGUUUGUGGUCCAUUAGGGGUGGAAAAGUGUCCAAUUCGGGGGUGUGAAGGUAGAGAAACAAAAAGGUGUGUGUGGUGGAAAAUGUUCGUGCAAGGAGUUUCCGUGUGAAGAAAAGCCAGCAAACUGGAGUACUUCGAAAUGCAGACAUUGCGUAAGAAAACAAGUCCCUGCAAAUACCGUAACGAUCCGGGGAGAUUCUUUGGUGAUGGCGUGAGCUUCAAGGCAAAACUCAUAGGGAUUCUGGAAGUGGGUGAGGCUCGUGGUGAUCGGAUGUGCCAGGAAGCCCUUCAGGACCUCAAAAUGGCCAUUAGGGCUGCUGGGGAGCACAAGCAGAGAAUCACAAUUCACGUGACCAUCGAUGGGCUUCGUUUGCGGGACGAAAAGACCGGUGAUUCCCUCUACCAUCAUCCUGUCCACAAGAUUUCCUUCAUUGCCCAAGAUAUGACGGAUUCCCGGGCAUUUGGCUACAUUUUCGGCUCCCCCGACAGUGGGCAUCGCUUCUUUGGCAUUAAGACCGACAAGGCGGCCAGUCAGGUGGUUCUGGCCAUGCGUGAUCUCUUCCAGGUGGUCUUUGAGCUGAAGAAGAAGGAAAUUGAGCUUGCACGCCAGAACAUACAGAGUAAAACCAUCCAUGAGCAUCAUCCCAUCACGCUCACGCGCACCGUGGACACGAGUAGCUACGGCAAGAGUCACGAGAUGUCCGGUGCAGCCAGUAAGAGUGCCAUUAGACCUGAGCUUUCUCCGGAAUCAGUGGCAGAUUUGGUGGAUUUGGAGCAAGAGUUGAGUUCCAUUCAGCGUGGUAUAACGCAAAUGGAGAGAAUAACGCCAAAUGAGGUGCCAUCAAAGUCAGUGGACAGUGAGGAUCCAUUUGGGGAUUCAUUUACUAAAUUUCCGCAUCAAUCAUACAAUUUACUGCCACCACCGGAAUCUUCGCGAUCGCGUCAUUCUAAACCCCUUAAACCCCCCACGGAGGAGAGAGUGGAGGAGAAGCUUUCAUCUGCUGGGCAGACGAGUAAUGAGGAUUGGAUUGCAGGAGAGGCAGAAGCGGUGUUUGAGGAGCCAAAGGCAGUGCCAGCAGCAGAUGAUGGGGCGGAAGAGAAGGGAUUUGAGGAGGCAUUGAUAACUUCCACGAGUACUGGGAGUAAUUUGGGUGGCAAUGAUGGGCUGUCGAAGUUCUCUGAUGCAUUUACGGAUCUCGAUCCAUUGGGUACAGGACGUACUAGGCCGUAUGUGGAUAAGAAAUUCUUCUUUCAGGACCUAAAGAAUCCCCCGAAGAAGGUUCUGCGGGAGCUUUCGGGCCCUGAGGUGGGAUUUGCAGCGACUUUCUCGAGUCUCGGUGGCAGUGGGGGGCCCGUAGAUGGGGAAGAGAGUAGGGUGGUGGUGGCUCAUGAUAGUGGGAUUAGUGACAUUGAUCUCGCCAUGUUUGAAUCCGUGCAUCCGGUGCAGGAGAAGAGGGAUGAUGUGAAUCGGAGUGGCGGCGAUGGCGGAAAGACUGAUGAUGCGAAGGAAAUUGCUGAUCCCUUCGCAAAGGGACACAUUGAUCCCUUUAUGGAUGAUGAGGACUUUGCCAAGGUCACCAUUGAUCCCUUUGACUUCUCCUUCGGCGAUCGCAAGUCGAGCUUUUCGUCCAAGACCAACACAACAACAGUAUUGCCUGAUACCAAAAUCUCAGCUGAAGACACGAAGAUGCCGCCGCAGCAGGAUGAUGAGGCGCGCGAUGGGGUGUUCAAUGGGCCCCUUCAGGUGUCCCUGCCGCCGGAGAGUUGGCCAUCGUACAUGGGUGGCCCCAAGAAGGUGGAUCGUCAAAAUUCCGAUUCACCCACAUCGGCGUCCGCCAUCAUCCGGAAUCGCCCGAGUGUCUUCAAGCAGAACACCGUGGAUGUGAUUAGUAGCAUAAGUUCGAAGAAGAUGAUGAAGCCACAUCUCUUUGGGCAGAAAUUCUCAAAGCGCGACUCAAAUAGCAUAAACAUGCGUCGUCUGCAGGAGUCCGAUUCAAUGAGUGAGACGGAAACAGCUCCGGAACCGCCACCACGUCCGGAUGCGUCGCACGUUGAGCCACCACCACUGCCGCCAAAGAAGCAAUUUGGGGAUAUUGUCAUUCGUCCGAGUUCCCGGACAUCUGGGAGUCGUGAGAGGUACGACUAUGUGCUGGGGAAAGGCACAAAGGCAUCCAAUGCAGGUGCCCCACCCCUUCCGCUACCAUCUCGUCGUGUUGGGCGCUCAGAUGGGAACUACCCGGGCCCCGGGAGGCCAGAGAAGAAGCCCACAGAUGAUGAGGAUUACCUCACGCCACUUCCAAAGAACGACAUGCCGAUUCUUUUGCCACCACCUCAAGCAAAAAGCGGCACAAAGACACGCGGGAGGAAGAUUGAAACGGUUGAAGUGAGAAGUGCCCCGGUGAAAGCAGAGAAAGCCCCCACGGAGGCCCCACCAGUGCUUCCGGACAUUACACUGAGCCAACUUCUAACGCUGGGAAUUGAUGAGCUUGCGACAAAACUCAAUGUUCCCGUAACGAAACUCAGCACAAUGACCCUGGUGGAGCUGACAACGUACUUGUCGGACUUUCUGGAGAAUGCCAAGAAGACUCCACCCCUGGGGGCCCCACAGCAGCCAGCACCACCACCACCGGCAGCUGUUUUCAAGGUGAACUUCGACCAGAAGAACGAUGAUCAGCUGUUUGUGGCAAAAUUCGAUGACGAUGAGAAUUUUGGCACGCAGACUUUCGUGGCAAACUUCGAGGGGGUUGACAUAAAGCCCCCGCAGCCCAUUCUGCAGAUGUCCUCCGUGGAUAGGUAUGCGGUGUUCCGGGAAAUAAUGGAUACCGUGAGUAAGGAUGAGGAUACCCCGGAAGAUAGGGAAGAGGAUAAAUUCGAAGAUACUCUGGAGAGAAUUAGUCCCAUUGCAACGGUUGAGAGUUCCCCGGAAAGUGGUCAGGAGGGGGGUGGUGGUGGGAUGUUUCCACCCACGAAGAUUGAUACAAAAAUCACGGAAGCUAUUGCACAGGCCAAAGAUCGCUAUGCUGCCCUGAGGGAUAUAAUUCUCGUUGAAGAUCUCUUCGAUAGAGCUCCAACGUCUGCCACGGUGGUGACGUCGCAGCUCUCAGAUGGGGAGGAUCAGCAGCAGCAGCAGCAAUCGGGUGAAUUGAAGGAGGAAGAGGAAGAUCACGAGGAAAUGGGUGAGCAGCAGAAGAAUGGAGGAAUGCCCUCACUGCUGGAUGCAACAAUACCCGCAGUGAGCAGUAGUAGCCUCACAGGUGGGGCAAAGGAUGAUCUUGAGAUUGAUGAGCUGAUGAAUAGGGCAAUUUCGAAUCUCUCCCUCGACAGUCGAUUGUCUCCGUCAAAAUCUCCCGUGGCUGCCACAGCCCAGAAUGCUUCCACAUCACCGAUUCGUUUGCAACAAACCACCCCGAUUCUCCCACAAGCGAAAUCCCCAACGCUGCAAACUACAGCGCCAUCCCAUCAGCCUGUUGAGCACCCGGCCAAGACUACAGUGACGGACAUGUCAACGUCUCCGAUUCCCAUUCAGAAGUCCCCUGUGGCGCGAUCACCACUGCAACGGUCACCACUGACGAAAUCCCCCAUUGAUGGUCUAGUCAUGCAACAGGGAUCAACGGCGAAGUCUCCCACCAUCCCACAAUCUCAGGGUGUCAGCAAUAUCCUCGAAACUCAUCGGCAGUCUGGCUCUCUGAGUGACGUGGUUUGUGCAUCGUCACCAGACAUCGACAGAAGUGAAGAUGCCCAAAAAGGGAAACCAACACCAGUUAACAGCGACUCUUGGGCUGUCUUUGAUGCUCCAUCUGAAGAUAAGGAACCCCAAGCAAGGAGCCCACGAGAUCCCUCAAAGAAUGGCGAGAGUCCGUGCUCAUCGGAUAAGGAUGAUUGGAAGGGUGAAGGAGAUUUUGGGCGUCGUUGGCCCCCACGUGGGCACACCUCGUCAUCGUCGCGUGAUGUCAGUCCGUGGGAUGAAGACACCCCAGCAGCUGACUACCGCCGACGACCACCUCUUGCCACGGAUCGUCAUGGGCACUACAUGCGUCACGGCAGACGGAUGAAUUCGUGCGAUGAGGACUACGAUUUUGGUUGUUGUUCUUGCAACAGGUACGAAAUGGAGUUCAACAAGAAGCGCGAACGGCGCCCCAAGAUGCCCAUGACACGCAGCCGGGAGACAUUCGAGGGUGCCGAUGGGGCGUGGUAUCAUGCAGAUCCCCACAAUUGGUCCCCCACGGAGGAUGAUGAGCGUCCACGGUCGUUCGAUCGCAGCUCAUACGAACGCAGCACGUAUGGGCCGCCGUAUGAGAAGCGGGAACACAAGAGCACCUAUCCGGGACGUGGGUAUGACAAGAGGAAGUACUACGGGGGCGGCGGCUCCUACGGGCGGGGGGAUUAUGACUUUGAGGCGUACGACGAUGCUGAAGCUUACGAAAUGGCACGCGGAAAGGCAUCGCGGAAGGACUAUGUGGAUGUCUUUGAGGCUGGCACAGCUGCGGGGGCAUUUGAACGGAGCAGUAGUCGCGAUCGUAUCAAGCAGCGAGACUACUACUACGAUCGCAAGAGCUUCGAUCGCGAGAGUGGAGAGUCCUACGACAGUGGUUGCGGCGGAAGGUUGAGUCAACGGGAAUUCAGCGCACGCGAUGCAACGUACGGGAGUCUGGAGAUGAUGAGGGAUGACUACAUCGAUCGUACCAGAUACUUGUCAGCUGAGAAAACACGAAGUUUGAGGAAGGGAAUGCGUAGAAGUACUGAAGAUGAUGGGUAUGAGCAGGAUUCAGACGGGGACAUGGGAACACGUCGUCCGGGUGAUACAAGGAGUCUCCAGCGUCCCCCGCAGGGUGGUGUGCCGAGACCGAGGAAAAGUAGUGGAUCAUCACCGUGGGAUGGGGAGGAUCUCACACCAACGGGGCAGGUGGUUAAGGCACCAUCAGUGGCCGCAUGGAAGCGUCCAGCGAGUGCAAGUGAAUCCGAGAGGCGUCUUGCGGAGAAUAGGCGAAUGCUGAGCCACGCCACAGCGCUCUCGGGGUCCGACGGGGAGAAGGAUAGGCGCUUUAGGAAGAAGACACGUGUCCGUGGGAAGGAUGUCGAUCCACGGGUCAAUUAUGCAUCACUCCGGUAUACACGGAGUGGCGGUAGGAGUGAUGAUUACUAUGAUUUUGAUGAUGUGCGUGCGCAGGAACCCGAAGGGUCCUACUACAGCAUGACGAAGCAACAAUUCUUCAAGAGUUCCACCCCAAGGUCAGAGACACGUUCAAUGGGGGAGACACUGCGUGGGCAGGAGUCGUCGGAGAGGCGUUUCAAGAAGCAUCGUGAAGCGUAUUUCGAUGAAGUCGUCCCACCGGUGGCGGAGGGGAAGUUUGUUGGGCAGCAACCGCAGAAGUUUGCAACAUUCGACGAGGGUGCCCUGAAGGCAGCAAAGGGGCACUAUAGGCGUGAAUUUGACUUUGAGGAAUACGAAGAUACACCCCGAAGUACGACAAGUAGCAAAUUUAACUUUGACGAAGAGCAGGGAUUUGAGAGUGACUUCAAUUCACCGUCAAAUGGGAAAUCCUAUCGUUUCUCAAAUGAUUUCUCCGACUCUAAGGAGUCCCCGCGUCCCCACACCGCCGGGGGGACGUAUUCAUUUGAUUCCGGUGGCUUUAGUACGCCGUCAAAUACAAAAUUGCGCUUCGAUGAGAAUGUUCAGCACAUGUUUGAGGAUGAUUUCAGCAAAGCUGAGCUGAGUGGGGAGAAUGAGGAUCAAUGGAGUGCUGAAUUGCCGAAGAAAUCACUCAAAGUUACGGCAAAUCGUGGGAAUAUGGAGCACCUCAAGAAAUCCGAAUCAGUUAAUAUUUUUGCAAAGAAAGUCGAUGAUCCCUUUGAGGAUGAUGACUUCUUUGCAGAGGUGGAAAAGGACGAGGGGAAGAAGAAGAAGAAGGAGACAGCGUGCAAGUGGGAGAAGAAUUUUGCAAAUUUCGACGACAAUAUCUGAUGCCCACGCAUUGGGCGGGAGCCGGAGCAGCGUACGGGGAAGAAGAUGCGCACCAGCUUGAAGCUAAUGCAGAAGAUCUUAACCAUUAAAUACACCCUCGACAGCAUUUUGCGUCACAAAGUCAAAUACAGAAUUUUGUAAUUUUUAAAUGAAAACAACAUUUUAAAAAAAUAUUUCGUAUUAUACAUUUUUGAAGAAGUGAAAGGAGAAUUAAGAACCACCCUGUGUGGGGAAGAUAAAAUAAUUCCAGCAAUAUUUCAGUGAAGAUUUUAAUAGAUAAAUGAAAGAAGAAGAAAAAUCUCUUACUUAGCCAUCCUAUCCUUGCUGAUCUUUUUAUUUUUUUAUUAUUUCCCAACAAAAGGAUGUGAAAAGAACGUUUUUUUUAAAAAGGAAAAUACUCGUGAUUUUAACAAGAAGCCGCAUUUUAAUCCGAUAUAGAACAAAACUAAUAAUAAAUAUUAAUAUUAAUUAAUCAAAUCUUCAAUGCAUUAUAAUCCGUGAUAAAAGUUUUCUUUUUCUCAUGUUUUGCCAUAUUUGCAAUAUUUUUUUUUUCAGAAAAGAUAUUUUUUGUGGUUUUUAUAAAAUAAUAAUCUUUUGUCUCUCAAAUUCAAUUUUUUUUAAAAAUAAUUUUUUAGUUGUUUGUUUGUAAAAAUUAAAGAAAGAAAAAAAGAAUGAAUUAAAAGAAAUAAGUAUGAUAUUUUUUUUUAGAUAUUUGUAAAUAACAAUUAAUUGUGUAAAGAAGAAGAAUUGUGAACAAAAAAAAGUAUACACGUUUUAAUAACAAAAAAAAUACUCCUUUUUCCGUUGUUGAAUGCAAAAUAUAAAUUUAAAAAAAUGCCCUAAUUGAAUAACCAAAAAAUACUUAAAAAAAACAAACUAAACGUUUCCAAUCUAUCGUGUUUGAUAUUUGUGUUAUAUUUUUCAUAUUUAAAAAAAGAAAUUUUAAAGAACAAUUUUAAGAACAAAAAAAUACUUUAUUUUAUUCUCAUGAAAAUUCUUUGAAGAAAAAAAAAUGAUACCAAAAAACGUAGAUAUUCAAUUAAUAAAAUUCAAUUACAUGUAAAUUGCAUUGGCUUUCGAUAAUGGAAUAUUUUUGUUAGUUGUAUAUCACAAAAUGAUCAAAAUUUCAAUGAAUAAACAAUUAUUGUAGAAAAAA